CGACGGGAUUGGACUUGCAGUAUUUUCGCAAUCGCUAACAGGUCAAAAUGCAAAUCUUCGUGAAGACCCUGACCGGCAAGACCAUCACUCUGGAGGCUGAGCCCAGUGAUACCAUUGAGAAUGUGAAGGCCAAGAUCCAAGAUAAGGAAGGCAUCCCUCCCGACCAGCAGAGGCUCAUCUUUGCAGGCAAGCAGCUGGAAGAUGGCCGCACUCUUUCUGACUACGACAUCCAGAAAGAGUCCACCCUGCACCUGGUCCUCCGUCUGAGGGGUGGCUGUGAAUUCUUCAGUUUUGCAUUCAUAGUGCCCAGUGAUGGCACUACUCUGCAUUCUAGCCAUUUGCCCCAAUUUAAGUUUAGAAAUGACCAGUUCAGUAAUAACUGAAUCUGUUCUAAAUGUUAAUAAAAGUUUUGUUGCAUGGUGAA